AUCACGCAUAGGUAUCGUUGAAGCCGCGCAAGCCCCUCAUUAUCCCAUGUCGCAUGAUCUGAUGCUCCGGACCUCGACCUCGAAUGUCCACUUCAUCAGACUAGAGUAUAGUCCAUAAGAUAUUUCGCCUCUCCAAACGAUCACAGAUGGCACACGCAGGAUCUACAGAAGAGCCACAAGGCGCUGGUCAAUGGGACAUCGAUGUGCUUGAGGGGGAAGCCAACUACGUGUCUGACGACGCCGAGUCGAGCAAGUCCUCGGGCCAAUCCGUAUACGACGCAGAUUCGGUCGUUGGUGAGUCAGGCAACCUUUACCACGGGUACAAGCAAGGCAAAUACUUCUUGCCCAACGAUGCGGAAGAACAGGAUCGUCUCGAUAUAAUGCACGUGAGCUUCCGGCUGCUGCUAGACGGAAAGCUGGCGCUGGCUCCUUUUGAAGAGCCACCCCGAUACGUGCUUGACAUCGGCACAGGAACAGGAAUCUGGGCAAUCCAGUAUGCCGAGGAGCAUCCAGUCUCUCAGGUGAUCGGAACAGAUCUCAGCGCCAUCCAGCCCGCCCUGACCAUCGCCAACUGCAGUUUCCAGAAAGACGACGCCGAGGAGGAGAUAUGGCUCUUCCCGACACCCAAUGGGAGUUUUGACUACAUCCACUUUCGCUUCAUGGUGACCUGCUUCGACCAGCCCAAGAAGGUCAUGGAAAAUGCGUUCAAGUAUCUGAACCCCGGCGGCUGGAUUGAGUUUCAGGACUCGACGCUGCCGAUCAUGGACACUCACAAGAAGCAUGAAGGCAGUGCCGUCCAGAAGUGGAACGAGUUGAUGGCUGUAGCGAGUGCCAAGCACAAUCGCGACUUCACGAAGGCUAGUCGAUACAAGGAGUGGCUUGAGGAGAUUGGAUUCGUCGACGUCGAGGAGCACUUCAUCGAGUGGCCCAUCGGCCCUUGGUCUCCUGACCCCAGACUCAAGACUACUGGAUGGUUCAUGCUGCGCAGCUCGCUCGUUGGCGUCCGGGGCAUGAGCUGGGCUCUACUGAGUGCGGCAGGUCUGAGUCCAGAUGAGAUCGAGAGUCUCGUCUCGGACUGUAAAAAAGAUCUUCUGGAUCGCAAGCACAGCUGGUAUCUGGGAGUUUAUGUUGUGUAUGGAAGGAAGCCACGGGAUGCCGAAGCUGUCCCAGGAGUUCCAGGUUAGCUAUUAGCUGAGGCUAGAGAUUUGAUGUGUUUGAGGUUUAUUCCUGUUGAGUGCGGUUGUUGCAUCAUGAAGGCGGAACUUUCUUUCCCAGAACCAUUGAAUGCUCGUCUAAGCCGAUUACACUGGAUUGCGUCGCGGGCUAUGCUGCAUGGCAUUUCAAUCCACCUUUAGCUCUGCUAGUUUCUUAUCAACUUCUCGUAAGUUAUGGCGCAACGAGAGCGGGUCGUCUCUCGUGGAUACUGUUCUGCUUGUUCUAGUCCAUCGUCUCUAGAUAUCGGUCUUACAUCUUCGCAUAUGGAAGCGUCGGCACUGGAAGCUUGGCCCAUAGCAUGUAGAGCUGCCGUCGAACUUUUAUUUGAGGAUGCCUGUUAUCUAUUAGCACAGGGUAGUGCAUGCCUUUGGAAACCUCACUUCUUGACCCACAGAGCUAAUAGACAGGGUCUGUGUAGCC